AUGGAGAGAGUAUAUACAGCUGUAUCUAUAUCUUUAUUUACCAACAAGAGACUAGCAAUAUACUGUGAUACUCAAGCACAUUCCAUCAACAAUUUCAUCGAGUAUAUAUUACAACCAAAUGGGUUCAAUGAGGGACUGUAUACUGUGAUUGAUUUAUUGCAAUAUGUGACUAUUGAAGACAUACUACACCAAUCAACAACAACAUCAUCGUCAUCCAAUAGAGAUGGCAGUCUUCAAUUUAAGAAUGUGAUUAUAUGGCAAAACUUGCAACACUUGGACAACACACGUCAGAAGCAAUUGUACCAACUAAUUUUGCAGAUUGACAACUAUGGUAAAAGCUCAUCCACAAAUAAGAAUCUACCGACAACGAUAUCUACCAACAACCAUGUUUUCAAAGUUAUCAAGCCCCUGCUAUUUACAAUAAUCCCAUUCCUAGAGUAUGGCUUGUACGAUUACAAAAUUUACCCGUACUUAAAGGAAAUGUUUUGGUCAAGUGUUACAUUCCCCACAACGACAGCAUACAACAAAUUGGUAAAUUUGAUACCUAAUUACCAAUCAGCAAUUCUUAAACUGAGGUGUAAGAUGGACACAGUGUUUAUAAGUCCCACCAUCAAGAGUUACAUCUAUUCUUUAAUUGUUUUCAUUAGAUGCCAUCGGUUGGCGUCAUUGGCUCCAAAGCUGGUACGGGUACCAACUGCCACCGUGUCGUAUAUGGAGGACUAUUGCAAAUCAUUAGUACUAUGGAGAAGACAAUUGCAACUGAAUCGAACCAGUAUGACCGAUACCACAGUAAUUGAUGACGAGGAAAAUGUGUUGGAAAAAACUGCCACUGCUGCAGUAGACUUGGAAUUGGAGGAAGAGGAAGCAGGGUUGUUUGUGACUCCAGAGUAUGUCAAGAUUGCAAUAAGGAAUAUCGGAUACUGGCUAGUUGAUUGGGAAACUAAUCGAAAAUUUGCAAAUACCAAAGACUUGAAAGCAGAUGCAAAGAUCAGCGACACUAGUAACGCCCAAAAUGAAACGGUGUUGAGUAACAAAAAGUUGGAGAUAUCAAUGUUGACAGGAGACUGGUAUGGAAGUGAAUAUUAUUGUGCAAAUGAAUUUCUCAAAAGUUAUAAAGCAACGAGGGAUGAUGAAAGUCCAACGGGGAUGACAAAUAGACUAGUGGAUGAUGCUAUUGAAGAAGCCAGGCCACCUUUGUAA